AUGUUGGUGAGGCGGCACGCUGCGGAGGCUCUUGCACCCGCCGCUGCAGCCGGCCGCGCUGCUGCCACCGCCGCCCGCCCUGUCUCUUGGCUGCGAGGAUUGCCCGCGGCUUCGGUGGCAUUGACCCCGGAAGCAGCUCCCACCUUGAGUCUAAGCUCCCCAGUAUUUUCUCCCCGCAUCUGCUCAUACUUUGCAAAAUACACUAUCAAAGCAUCCACCGUGACGAAACGCUAUUGGGCAGGUGGCGGCGCCGGUCCGGCACCGGCGGCAGCUGCGCCUUUCGCUGUGGCACACGGCACGCUGGACAGCAGCGACAUCCCAGGCGCCGCCCCCAGAAGGGUCUUGCGUCCGCCACGCAGCGCGCCACAGGUAUGCGACUAUUCAUUCUCGGACCAGCUGCCCGCCGACCCCGGCAUGCAGCCACAGCGCCUCACCCGCCAGCGCAACGAGCCGCGGGACCUUCAGCUGAACGUUGCGGACAUCCCGGGGGCCAGCCCCGGCGGGCACAGCGACUGGCCGCGCCCCCGCUCCCACCCGCUAGACCCUCUCAACCCUCAGUACCGCUACCUGCCGCCACGCCCACCCGAGGCGCCGCUGCCGCCACCCGCCUUCAUACGCAACACGCUGGAUGUGAGCGAUAUUGAAGGGGCCAAGCCGCAGUCGCCCGCCGGCCGGACCCGCCACAGCCAGCCCAGCACCCUGGACAGCUCAGACAUCGAGGGGGCCAGCGCGGGGUGGUGCCCGCGCACCCUGUUUGCUGGUCAGGCCAGGGAUCUGAUGCGGGUGGCGGACAUCAGCGGGGCGCGCCCCCAGGCCAAGGACAAGCACCUCCAGCUGGCAGCCAGCGGCGGCAGCGGCAGCAGCGGGGCCGCUGAGCCGCACGGCAGCGGCGGGCCGUGGCAGCGCUCGCCGUCGCCGUACGGCGCGAGCCUGGCGGGGGGAGGGGGGUGGCCCCAUGCGGCAGCGCCCGGGGUUGGGGUCGCUGUCACGCCAGACUGGCACAAGCGGGUGCAGCAGGCAAAGGUGCAGCAGGCGGAGGUGGCGCGGCAGGCGCGGCACGCAGCAGAUGCAGCCAUCGGCGCUGCCGCCACCAAGGCAGCAGCGUCCCGCAGCCAGUCUCCCAGCCCCCACCCUGCUGGCAGCUGUGGUUCAGGCAGCAGGGGAGAGGCGGCGGCUGCGGGGCUGGCAGGAAUGCUGCAGAGCCUCAAGGCAUUUGAUCGAGACCGCAGCGGUAGGGUGCAGGCUGGCGAGUUUGCGUGUGUGCUGCAGCGCGGCGGGCUGGGGCUGUCGCUCAGCGAGGUGCAGCACCUGACGGCCAGCGUGCAGGACAGCCACAGCUGCGUCGAGUACCGCCCCUUUGUGUCCAAGCUCUGGGGCAAGCUGCAGGCGGCAACUGCCGCAGCGCAGGGCCCCGCGCCAGGAGGUGGCGCCACCGGCAGCGCACCAGCCGCCAGCAGCCCGACGUCGCAGCUCCUCCCACAGUUCAUUGCGGCCAGGCAGCGGCGGCUGCAGACCAGCGUGGGGGUGGUGCUGGGCCAGCAGCCUGAGGCGCUUGCACGGGAGGCGGCGGAGGUGGUGGGCCUGCCGGGCUACCAGCCAUGGAAGGAGCCAGCGCUCAGGGCGUUUGGAAAGCGCAUGGAGGGCUACCCGCACCCCGCAGAGUUUGAGAGCUGCUACAGCUUCUGCGACGGCGACUCGCGCUCGGCGCAGGCUGCCCAGAAGUGGAAGCUCAGCAAGGACCACCAGGCGGCCUGGGGCAUGCGGCGCAGGGGCGGCCCAGCGGAGCAGGCGCAGCAUGGCGGGGCCGCCAGCAGCACGCUGCCUCCCACCUCACCUGGCGCCCACACUGCGGGGGCCCAGCGCCGCCACCAGCAGCAGCAACAGCAGCAGAGGCUUGCAACGCCAGCAGCUGGCAACCAUGCUGGCGCCAGCGCCGCAGAGGCGGCAUCGAGCCAGGCGGCAGCGAGCCAGGCGGCACAGGGCCCGGCCAGGGGCACCAGGAGCGCGCCACCCACCGCCAGCUACAUGCGCAGAGACAGCCCGCUGCUAGCAGCGGAGCGGGCAGCGCGGGCAGCAGCGCAGCAGGAUGUGGAGCUGCUCCGCAGCCUGCAGUGA